AUGCCCUUCCUUGGUGUUAUUUGGCUGGGUAUCACGGCAUUAAUGAUGCACAUCUUUCUACUCGCGGGCUGUGCCAAGAAGAAGGUGACUUUGAGUGCGGAGAAACCAAGUCCAGGAGAACGACCAAAGAAGAAGAGCGAGAGGGCGGUGGAGAAGAAGGAGAAAACGGAGGCGGUGGGAAACCUGGCCGACCAGUGGAACUUAAACGGCGACAAUAAGGACGACAGCGGCCCGAAGACCGAUCUCGAAGCCAUUGACGAAGAUAACCCGUUGGCGCGACUGAAUAUUAAGGACCGGAAGAAGAAAGAAGCCGCCGCCGCAGCAGCAGCAACGGGAACAGGAAAGAAAGAUGCACCGAAGAAGCCGGGAACCAAGGAAGCUGCUAAGAAGAGCGCUGCCCGGGCGAGCAAGGAAGAAGCGAAGACUGCCCAUAAAGCACCGUCAGGCGAGAUCAGUUGUGCUGUGCAAACCGGGGCCGGCAUGCCACCCAGUAUUGUUCAAACCGGUGAGCCCGCCCCGCCCAGCAAGGACAUCGCUUCGAAGGAGGCAGGCAAGGAUCCGAAAAAUUCUAAAAAGCCAGCCGCCAGCGCCGAGAAGGUGGUGGAUCCCAUGCGUGGCGAUCAGCAAGUGUUGGUCCCCGGCGAGAAGUUGCAAAACCAGAGCUGCUAUAUGAUAGCGGGCAAAAAGAAGGAGGGCGCGAGCGGGACGGGCCCUAGCGGCAAAGGUAAAACGAAGAGCAAAGAGCCACCGCCGGCAAGCAAGGAAGUUACCGCGGCCCCCGCCGAGCCAGUCGAGCCGCCAGUCAAGCCUAAGAGUGUGCUGAAGUCCGUGAAAAAGGAGAAGAAGGAGGGUGAGAACGAGGACAACAGCAAGGAAAAGCAAUCAAAGAAAAGGAAGAAAGAUAAGGAAAAAGACAAAGACAAGGAUGAGAAGGACGAGAAAGAAAAGGAUGAAAAAGAUGACAAGAAGGAUGAGAAGGCGCCGGUCAGUGAGAAGAAAAAGGAGGAGAAGAAGGAGGAGAAGGACGAGAAGGGCGGCAGUGACAAGAAGGACGACGAGAAGAAGGAGGAUAAGAAAGACGAAGAAAAGAAAGCGCAAAGUCAGAAGAAUGCAAAGGGGCAAUCGCAGAAGCCGAAAAGAAAGCAGAAGGCAACAGCGCGAAAGAAUAGAAAACAAAACUCCACCGCACCACGGCUCUACCUGAUGGGCAACCCUCAUAACUCGACAAGCAAUCCCGCCACUCAUUUCCUCCGUGAAUUUCUUACAACCAAUCUUGUAAUAAAGAGAUUCGUGAAAUGCUCCCGU